AUGAACAAUUUGAGUAAAGCCAUAUUAAAUAGAGAUUUUGAUGAAUCUUCAUCAUCUGAUGAUGAUAUUAUCAUGAUGUCGCUUUUAUUUGCUGAAUUAACUAGAGGACGUGCCCCUGCUGCAAACUACACCAUCAAUAAUCACGCAUACACCAUGGGGUAUUAUCUUGCUGAUGGUAUCUAUCCUUGUUGGGCAACGAUUGUGAAAACAAUAUUUCAACCUCAAGGCACAAAGAGACAACUAUUUGUGAGGAUGCAGGAGGCAUGUCGGAAAGAUGUCAAAAGGGCAUUUGGAGUGCUCCAAGCACGAUUUAAUAUUGUCAGCGUGCCAGCUAGAGGUUGGAGUGAUGAGGAUCUGUACUACAUCAUGAAGACGUGCAUUAUUUUGCACAACAUGAUUAUUGAAGACGAGCGUAAUAUUCCAGAAAAUGAACGCAGUGCAGCACAACUUGAGACUGAUACCAGUAAUUUGGGCUGUCAAGUGUCACGCGAUCUGAAUGACGAGUAUGCUCAAUUUAUGUUGAAUCGGCAAAGGAUUUGA